UACGCAUCCAUCUAUAUAACUAGGGCUGUCCGAACUUCGAAGGAAUUUGAGUUUAAAUAUUGAGUGUCUGUACAAGCGUGAUGCAUGAGACAGAAGGAGAAAAGGAUAAUAAUUUAUCCUACGGGUAUGACUAUUGGGUUAGCCAAGAUAGUGGGGUGGAGGAUGGGGCUGCGGAUGCUGAAGCUGGCGAGUAUGCAAGGAGACGACAGGUAUAUGCUGCAGACCCUGUGAACAGCUUGGGUCUGGGACCGAUACUCAAGGCGAAGCUCCAGGCCUGCUCAACCGUGCAUGGAGAGGCAGCAUUUAAUUCUGCCAAAGGAGGUGUUGCUUCAUCAAAGGCUUUUGCCAAAUUUGCCACAAUGCGAAGAGACAGUGUAGGCGCUGACUUCAGGAACAUAAGGCAGCAGCUCUGGAUUUUGUCAAUAACGUUAGCAGAGAAUGCAGGCAGGGAGUUGCUCUUGCAUGGCCUCUUAGAAUUUGUUUCAUCUUUGUUUGGUUAUGUUUUGAAAUCUGUUUCUGGAGAUAUUGCUGUGAGAGCAAGAAUAGAAUGGAAUCUGUGAUCCACAGUAGCAGCGGGAAAAGACUGAUGCUGCAUCUUAGAUUGUGAAAUAAGGGAACGAGGCAUCGUUCAUUGGAAUUUCAAUGUUGUCACUCAGUUCUUUCAGAUUUUCUUUAAUCAGUAGCGAUCUGCUUCUCUGUUCCAGGUGUGUGUGGGUGUGUGUGUGUGUGUGUGUGUGUGUGUAAGUGCGUGCAGGGGGGGAAGGGGGCUGCAGCUCUUUAUGGGGGCCAUUGAGCUGGGAGUCCCUGGAACGUAAGGUGGAGAAGACUAGACUGUUUCAAAUUCUCUCAAUAAAAAGAUCAGAGGUGUCAGCAACAGUAUGGUACAUUGUUGCAGAUAAGGUACUUGGACCUACUUGUUAAAUUCCAGCGAGUUGCCUUGUGAGAAUCACUUAGUUUCUUUGUGGGGUUCUUCUCCCACCAUUAACUACUCGGGCCAGCCAUUGGUCACCCCAGGGUUGGGUCAUUCCCUGGCAUCAGGCAUGGUUGUUGACGGCAUGCUAAGCGUCAGGGUAGAUGUUCUGUCAUUGUUUUCCUGAAUGCCGGGAACUUGGGAUACUUCGCCCCAUUCAUUGUGCAGUUCAGCUUAGCUGCACACUGGUUGUGCGGCGCUUAAUGCUCACAAACCAGAGUUAGGGUAGUUUGAAAACAAGGGUUAGUAAGUAGAAUAUACACAGCCGCGGAGAUUGGACGUUAAGAUAAAACAGGAAACAGCAGAUUUAGACAGGGACUUUGCUUUAUUUCAUUCCGAGUAUAUUUUUCGGAGAUCUGGUCAUCGACUACUUGGGCCAGCCAUUGGUCACCCCAGGGUUGGGUCAUUCCCUGGCAUGAGGCAUGGUUGUUGACGGCAUGUUAAGCGUCAGGGUAUAUGUUCUGUCAUUGUUUUCCUGAAUGUCGGGAACUUGGGAUACUUAGCCCCAUCCAUUUUGCAAUUCAGCUUUGGUUGUGCGAACAAACCAGAGUUAGGGUAGUUUGAAAACAGGGGUUGUUAGUAAGGAGAAUAUACACGGUCUAGGAGAUUGGAGGUUAAGAUAAAACAGGAAAAAGCGC